CUCAUUAUGAUUUUUUUAUGGACUAUUAUUGUCAGGACGGGACAGCUCAGGAUUUUAUUCUUCACAUGGAAAAUAUUAAUCAUAUUUAUCCAGGCUACAGCAAUACUUGAAUAUACAAUUAAAAUUGGAUAAUGUUGAGAUAAUUGUCUGAUGAAAUAAACUAUCUAAUCAUCGGAUAUACUGGUUACUACUGUAUCCCAUCUCAAGUGGACUGGGGACUCAUUUUUGGAUACAUUUUGGAUCGCAAAUGUGACUGACCAUUCAUCAACUGACAUCAAUAACAGCCAAUUAGCCAGCAACCAAAAGUAGAUGAGAUGGAGCACUCAGGUGGUUUGUACAGCCCUGUGUACGAGCCAAAUGGGCAUGCUGCCUGGGCAGACAACCAGCAGCAUCAGGACAAAGAGACAGCGGACAACCUCAGGAGGAAGAUCAAGUACUUCUUCAUGAACCCCUGUGAGAAAUACAAAGCCCGCGGACGGAAACCAUGGAAACUGAUGCUCCAGAUCAUCAAGAUCGCCAUCAUUACCAUCCAGUUGGUGUCUUUUGGACUGAGCAAUCAGAUGGUGGUAACCUUCAAAGAGGAGAACCUCAUAACAUUCAAGCAUCUCUUCCUCAAAGAUUACGUGGAUGGCCGUGGGGACUCUUAUGCUGUGUACAGGCAGGAUGAGGUGUAUGAACACAUCUCUUACAUAGUCGAUAAGUAUUCCCGUCUGCGAAAUAUCACCGUUGGUAACCAUGCCUAUGAGAAGAAGGGGGACACCUAUUCCCCUCUGUCUCUGUGCCAAGAGUUCUACAGGAAUGGAAGCAUUUCACCAGCCAAUGAGACCUUUGAUAUAGACGCACAGAUUGAAACUGAAUGCCUUGAGAUUGUUCCAGUAUUCCCCAUGGGAAGCACAACCGAGGAUGAUCUGUUGAAUUUCGUUGUGCAUUUCAAAAGAUUGUUGAAUGUGAAGAUCAAGUUCACUCUGAAGGCCAUAAACCUACAAACAGUUAGAAACAGAGAGCUGCCAAACUGCUAUGACUUUGAUGUCACGAUCACCUUCAACAACCAAGCCCACAGUGGCAGAAUAAAGGUCGACCUGGACAAUGACGUUGACAUAAAUGAAUGUAGAGACUGGAAAGUAACCGGGGCCUCUCCCAAGAACAUCUAUUACCCACUGCUGUUUGACUGUCUCAUCAUUGUAACCUGCAUCACCUCUCUGGCCCUCUGCACACGCUCUGUGCUCAACGGGAAACGGCUACAGUUUGAGUACACAGACUUCUGCCUAGUCCGUCAGGGGAAGAAGGUUCCAUGGUCCGAUAGGCUGGAGUUUCUGAACGGCUGGUAUAUUCUCAUCAUCGCCAGUGAUACACUCACCAUCAUCGGUUCCAUUCUUAAAAUAGAAAUCCAGACAAAGAUUCUCACCAGUUAUGAUGUCUGCAGCAUCUUUCUCGGAACAGGCACAAUGCUUGUUUGGAUCGGAGUCAUACGCUACAUGGGAUACUUCAAGAAGUACAAUAUUCUCAUCCUGACCCUGAGAGCAGCUUUCCCAAAUGUGGUUCGGUUCAUUGGUUGUGCCGGAAUCAUUUACCUGGGGUACUGUUUCUGUGGCUGGAUCGUGCUCGGGCCCUACCAUGAGAAGUUCCGGACCCUGAACACCGUAUCAGAGUGCCUGUUCUCGCUGAUCAACGGAGAUGACAUGUAUCCCACCUUCAAGUACAUGAAGCAGAAGAGUUACCUGGUGUGGCUGUUCAGCAGAGUCUACCUCUACACCUUCGUCUCGCUCUUCAUCUACAUGAUACUCAGCCUCUUCAUCACCCUUAUCACUGAUACCUAUGACACCAUCAAGCAACAACAGCAGGAAGGGAGCCCAGUGUCAGAGCUGCAUUGUUUCAUGUCUGAGUGUAAAGAUCUGCCCACCUCAGGACGCUACCGGGUAGAGGGGGAGUCUGGCUCCUUCACCUGCUGCUUCCCCAGAUGCAAGGACUCACGAGAAAGGCUGAACUCUGAAUCAAUAGACUCUGAGCCAUAGUGGACCUUUUAUCGGUCUGAGGUUAGUAAGAAACCUUACACACAACCAUGACCAGCACUUUACUGUACAGUUUAGCCCAGCAAAACAUUGUCCUGUACUUCUAGACCUGUUUUAAUCUUAUUCACCAGUUAACUUGAUGCAGUAGCAAUUGAGCCUGGGGUUGAGGUUAGACCUGUUAUGAAUUGUCACUGUGUAAGAUGCCUGUUAAUGUACUAAAGUCGAUGACCACAAUGAUAUGCACUGAUGAAUGUUGAUUAUUUGAAUGUAUUGUAAAUAUCAAAACAUGAUUUGUUCAAAGACAUGGGAUGGCAACAUUAAUAAAAUGAAUAGCACAAAAAAGUUGCUAUUCCCUAAAUGUAUAUUUCCCAAGCCCAGUAGAUCGCAACAUUUUAGUUGGAUUCCCAAAGGGCAGUUGGCAUCUAAUCACGAGCAAGGGUUGAAUUGGAGUGGACACGGAAAUGCAAAUAAUUCUUUGUUAAAAUGAGGCUUUAUUUCCUCAAGGUGGGCACACCGGAAGUAGAAAACAUUGCGGACCUGUACAAUUUAUUUUACUCAUUUCUUAACUCUUCCAUCAACAUAAGCUUACAUGAAAAUAAAAAUGC